AUGUCUUUGGAGGGAAAUUUUCUUCCUAUAAUUAAAAACAAACCUCAGGGGGCCGACACAAGUUUUUCACUGGCGUCAAAGCAGGUCCUGCGUGAAGUCUCUGAGAAGUUUGCAAUUUCUGACGAAUCAUUGCUGCGACUUUACGGCAUAUUUGGUUCAACUUUCGAGCGUGCUCUUGAACUACAUGAAUUGGAAAGAGUAAAAAAGAUUUGCGUUAAAUCUGAGCCAGGAAAUAGUGCAAACGAUGCUCGAUGGCUAUUGCAAGUGACGGGCAUUUCUGGAGAAAUAUAUACGUUAUUUCCUGAAGUUAAUUUCUGCAGCUGUGCAUCGUUUAGGUACCGUGUUCUCAACGAUCAAGCAGAACAUACAUGUAAACAUAUUUUAGCAGCUUGGCUAUCUUCUGUUGAUAACAAGAAACUUUCUGUCCAAGAAAUCGCAUCACCGCUGUUUCGCGAUUUGAUGAGAUUCCAGGUAACGUUUUGA